AUGGGAGAUAGGGCAGAUAUAUAUGAAUUAGAUGAUCAAGUUAAUCCUGAUCAAGUAGGUUCGAUUCCAAUUCAAAUUGGAAAAGGGUGGAAAUCAUUGGGAUUAGAUAUAACAGCAAAAGUAACAAAUAAUGCAUUUUUAAAGGAUCAACAAAAGACACAACAACAACACCAACAAUCAAGUGUCAAUCAAUUGCCACAAGUAAUGUCAAGCGCAUUGAUCAAGAAAAAGACAGAAUAUUAUGAAAAGUUUAAACAAUUAUUAGUGAUGGAAUCAAAAGAGGAUAAACAAUCGGUUGAAAGACGUCUGUCACAGAGAAGUGUAGAUCAACUUGCAAAAAAGGGUUUGGCAUUAAAGAAUACAACCGCCAUACUAAAAGGUAAAUUAUUGAGUGAAAUCAUAGUUAGAUUUGCAGUAGACUAUGAUCCUGGAGCUGAAGUUGGUCAAUUAUCAGAACCAGCAGAAUCAUAUCAAAAAGGGUUCCUAAAGAUUGGUAGUGGUGAAUCUGUCAUUAUCAGUAAAAAGGAUCCUCUAAAAGAUGACGUUGUCUAUGAAGGUAUCUAUUUGGAAACAACUGGUAAAUCUAUACUUGUAUCAAUCAAGAAUCAAUCUGGUUUUGAAAAAAUAUUUCAUAAUUCUGGUCCUUGGAGAAUAGAUCUUGGAACCAAUUUAAUAACAAUGGAAAGAAUGAUGAAAGCUUUGACAAUGGUUUCAUCAGACAAGGCAUUAUAUCAAACAAAAUUGGCCGAUAUUAUAUUUGGACAUUUGAAACCAGGUAAAACAUUGGAAGAUACCUGUGCCACUGAAUACAUCCCAUUCCAAACAAAAGAAUCUCCUCUUAAAUUCAAGGAUAUGUUUCCUAUGGAUUAUAAAACAUGGAAUCUUAAUCCUUCACAAAAAGAUGCAAUUGAAAAAUCAAUUUGUAGAAGAGCUAGUUUAAUUCAAGGUCCUCCUGGUACUGGAAAGUCAACGACAGCAAUUUAUUUACUUAGAUUAUUAGUACAUAGAAAACAAAGUGGAAAGAGUAAUGUUAAAAUAUUGGCAACAUCAUUUACAAAUACGGGGGUUGAUAAUUUAUUGGAAGGUUUGUUAAAGGCUGGUGUCAAUGUAUUGAGAUUGGGUGAUGCCAAUAAAGUUCGUGAAGAGUUGAGAUGUGCAACAUUAGAGUAUAGGAUGGAGGAGGAAUUGAAUAGAUGGGACAGUUCUGCAAAACGAUCAAACCAAGGUUCAAAACCUGGUAGUUCAUCUUACUAUAUGCAAUCGGAACGAGAAAUCAAGUCAAGAUUGAUUAGUGAAGCAGAUGUUAUUUGCUCAACUUGUAUUGGAUCGGGACAUGAAAUGUUGAUGGAUGAAAAGUUUCAAAUCAUUGUGGUCGAUGAAGCAACACAAGCUACAGAACCUGCCAUUCUCAUCCCAUUACUAAAAUCAAGUGAACAAAUGUACCUAUUUGGUGAUCAAAAUCAAUUGGCCCCCAUCAUUCUAUCACACAAGGCCAUAGAAGGAGGUUUAAAUAUAUCAAUGUUUGAUAGAUUAUUUAAAAGUGGUCUUACUCCAUUUUUACUGAACACUCAAUAUAGAAUGCAUUCUUCAAUUUCUGAUUUCCCUCGUCAUCAUUUCUACAAUGGUUUAUUAAAUAAUGGAACGAAUGAUUCAAAUUUAAAAAUACCAAUUGGAAUUAAAUGGCCUCAAAUUGAUUUUCCUGUUGUAUUUAUUGAUAUAUCAAAUGGAAGGGAAGAAAUUAAACAUCAUUCACUUUAUAAUAAUGAAGAAGCAGUGGCUGUAGUUCAAGUUGCCGAAAGUUUAUUAGAAAAUGAUGAAUCAUUAUUUAGAAAUAAUAUUGGAAUUAUAACACCAUAUCAUGCACAAGUUAAACAUAUAAAUCAAGUAUUUUCAAAUGAUAAAUCUUGGAGAGGAGCACAACCGUCAGUGGCGACUGUUGAUUCGUAUCAGGGAAGAGAAAUGGAUGUUAUUAUAUUUUCAACUGUAAGAUCCAAUACCAAAGGUAAUAUUGGGUUUUUAAAAGACUGGAGAAGAUUAAAUGUAUCGAUUACAAGAGCUAAAAGAGGAUUGGUGGUCAUUGGUAACUUUGGUACGAUUAACAAUUCAUCUGAUGAACAUUGGAAAGCCUAUGUCCAAUGGGCCAAAGAUAAGAAUAUUAUGGUCAAAUCUUUAGAUAGUAUUAUUGAAAAGAGUACGGCGAACAAAAAAGGUAAAAGAAAGGCUAGGUCCGAUGAUGACCCUACACUAUCUUUUCGUGACAGUGGUAGUGGAGGGUUUAUGUCAACUUUAAAUAAUAACCAACCCAAAACGACAAUCGAUGAUGAUGAAGAUCACCACCAACACAACAACACAGACUCUGACGCUUCGCCCCUGUCGGUUGACGAUUCAAAAGAUCAUCUUGCCGAUAACGAUCAUGGUUUUUACCAAAAUGAUACUACAGUUCAUCGAAUGAAAAAGAAAAAGAAGAAAUCGUCUGCUACUACUACAGCUACGCCAACAACAUCAACUACUUCAACAUCAUCGACGAGUAAACCAAAUAAUAAUAAUCAUAAAAAGAAAAAAUAG